CAUGAGCCCUGUUGCCCAGUCCAUCAACAUCCUCCAAGGAGAAGUGGAAGUCCAGAUGGGAUGGCUUCUUCCGACUAUUUCCUUGCUGAGCAGCAAACUGGAAAAAAUAAAGAUUGCACUGAAGCACUGCAAGCCGCUGGUUGAAGCCAUUCAAGUGGGCAUCCAGAACCGUUUUGGUGAAAUGUCAAGAGACCCUGAAUUGGUUGCUGCAGCGAUUCUCAUCCCAAAAUUCAAAACGGCCUGGAUCAAAGAUGAUGCUACACUGAAAAACGGGUUGGACUACAUCAGGGAGCAGUUGGAGGAUCCUUCUAUUUCAGCAGAGGCUGGAUCUGGCUCAUCUGAUGAGGGAGACUUCUUCCACAUCCUGAAAAGUUCCCACAAAACACCAAGCGCCACCAAGCAGCUUGAUUCGUACCUGGCCUACUCAACAGACGACAUCAAGAUUCUCAAGACGUUUCCUGUGGUUCUCAAGUUGUCUGUCAAACUCAACACACCUCUGCCUGCUUCUGCAGCUUGCGAAAGGCUGUUCAGCAUAGCAGGUCUCAUCUUCAGCCCAAAAAGAGCACGGCUAGCUGCAGACACUUUUGAAAAUCAGCUUCUGCUGAGGAUGAACCGCAAGUUCAACUUCUCCACUUGAACCAGAAAGUUUGUUUGUGUGGUGUUACUGUGCCUCAGCUCAUGAGGAUUCCCCCAACAUAGUUAAAAAGUGGUUCUUAUGUUAAAGACAUUGUUUAUUUUUGAGUGGUAUUCUAUACCACAUUUCAUUCACCUGAAAAAGUGAAAUAAAAAACAAGGGGAGAAUAAUUUUGGGUUGUUUUGCUU